AUGGGAGAAAUCAGUGGCCCACAAGUUCCGCAGCCUCGGCAGUCGCUGCUUCAGCUGCGGGCUCUGCGAAACACAACCAGCUACAAAUUGGAAGAGCUGAGCGUCUUAAGAAAAGAAGCAGAUGUUCUUGAGCAAAAGCGCCGGUCAAUUCUUCGCGAAACUGCGGCUAUUCGUGCAGAUCAACGGGCAGCAGCAGCGGCAGCCAUCCGCCUUGUUCAUGCCAACGCCACCAGGGAAACAGAGCGCAGAGCUCUUGAAAUGGAAGUAUUAGCAUUGAAAUCUGAGCUUUCCUUGCAAAAAAAAGAACUGGAGGAGAUGGAAACUGCGUGGAAAAGGCGCAAGUAG